UAGGUCAUGCGGCCUUGUGGACAAUAAUGCUUCAAAAUGUCCACUUAUUACAAUUUUCAUUCUCUUUCUCUCUCUCUCUUAAAGAAAUGCAAAUAUUUUAAAAAAUUAUCAUUAUAAAUUCGAUAAUAAAAUCCAGAGAAGAAGCAUUUGAGAGUAUAAUCCAAUUAAAAAGUUAAAAACUUUUUUAUUCUUUAAUUAUUUUCUUGCUGUCUCGUGAAUGAACUAUUAAAGAAAAAUCAAGAAAAGCUCCUGAGUACUGGAAAAGAAGAAGAAGACUUUAUCUUUCUGUGUGUGUGGUUCUUUGACUUUUAUGGGUUCUUUUGUUUUAGUUUUAGGCUCCUACGGAUCUGCUUAAAUCCUUCUGAUCUUGUUUCUUGUUUAGACCCAGAUUCUGUUCUACGUUUGCUAAGUUUCUUGAUUUGGUCGGAGAAGUUUUUAAGUAGGUUUGGUGGUUCAAGAUUUAAGCUUCUGGGUUAUCAUCACCUCCUUGUCUGAAAGCCACUGGAUUCUCUCAUCUCAAUCUGAACAGUUCUGGUUUGUAAAGAAAGAGAAAUGUCGUUUAGGAGCAUUGUUCAAGAUUUGAGAGAUGGGCUUGGGAGCUUGUCCAGGAGGAGUUUUGAUUUCAGGCUUCACCACAAAGGGAAGUCUCAUGGCUCUUCCUUCCGUGAGUACUCGUCUUCCCUUGACCUCUCCCCUUUGAUAGUUCAGACAAGCAGAUGGGCUAAUCUACCUCCGGAGCUGCUCUUGGACGUGAUCAAAAGACUAGAGGAGAGUGAGAGUAACUGGCCUGCAAGAAAACAUGUCGUGGCUUGUGCUUCUGUGUGUCGGUCUUGGAGAGCUAUGUGCCAAGAGAUCGUCCUGUGUCCUGAAAUCUCUGGGAAGCUCACUUUUCCAGUCUCCCUCAAACAGCCAGGACCUCGUGAUGCGAUGAUUCAGUGUUUCAUCAAACGAGAUAAAUCAAAGCUAACUUUUCAUCUUUUUCUUUGUUUAAGUCCUGCUCUAAUUGUGGAGAAUGGGAAGUUUCUUCUUUCAGCUAAACGGACUCGUAGAACUACUCGGACCGAGUACAUUAUCUCCAUGGAUGCUGAAAACAUCUCAAGAUCUAGUAACUCUUACCUCGGAAAGCUCAGAUCAAACUUUCUUGGGACGAAGUUCUUGGUGUACGAUACACAACCACCACCAGACACAUCAUCUUCUUCCUCUAGUGCACUUAUCACCGACCGAACAAGCAGAAGCAGGUUUCACUCGAGGAGAGUUUCCCCCAAAGUCCCAUCCGGAAGCUACAACAUUGCUCAAAUCACAUACGAGCUCAACGUGUUGGGCACACGCGGGCCACGGAGAAUGCACUGCAUCAUGAACUCCAUCCCAACUUCAUCUCUCGAACCGGGAGGCUCGGUUCCUAACCAACCUGAGAAGCUCCUCCCACCACCACCACGCUCCUUUGACGACUCGUUCCGCAGCAACAUCUCGUUCUCCAAGUCAUCAUUCGACCACCGCUCCGUAGAUUUCAGCAGCUCUAGAUUCUCGGAAAUGGGAGUGUCCUGCGAGGAAGACCAAGGAGAGACGAGUUUCAAACCGUUGGUUUUGAAGAACAAGCAGCCUAGGUGGCACGAGCAGUUGCAAUGCUGGUGUCUGAAUUUCCGUGGACGUGUGACGGUUGCGUCCGUUAAGAACUUCCAGCUCGUGGCCGUGAGACAGCCGCCGCCAACGCAAGUGGCAGGCAGCUCAGCACCAGCGGCUCCGCCAGAGCAAGAUAAAGUGAUACUCCAGUUUGGUAAAGUGGGGAAGGAUAUGUUCACAAUGGAUUAUAGGUAUCCAUUGUCGGCGUUUCAAGCGUUUGCUAUUUGCUUAAGCAGCUUUGACACGAAGCUCGCUUGUGAAUAAAGAAGAAACAACACUCGCCAUCUCCUUUCUCCUAAACAUUCAUGCUAAUCCUUAUGUCUCUCUUUAUCUAUGCCUUUUGGGUUUCUUUUGGCGAACUCAUUUUGUCUUAAUACUCAGUUGUUACUGUGGUGAGAACCAGACGUCUACUAUUAACCUCUUCUCUAUUCUAAAUCAUUUGAAAACAUUUAA